AUGGCAGUUUCUUCAGAAAGAGAGCCUUUGCUCCCAUAUUCUAAACGCCCUCGUCCAAGCUUUUUUGUGGGUUCUCGGCCCCUGUGUCAAUAUGAGCCAGUCGCUCCGCCCUUGAUAUAUAAUCCGUCACCACCUCGUCCUUUUUGGAGCUUUUCACUCUCAUUUAGGGCAAAGGUUAUACUUGUCAUGGUCGUUCUUCCCGCAUAUCUGCUGGCCACUUCAGCCUUGUCAGCUUUAGGACCCUUGAACACUCACGACACAGUUAUCCGCACGCCACAAACAGAACCUAUGCCGGAGCCCUCGUCCGGGGAGGGCCAGCCGAAAGCUCCUCAGGAUCCUUUUGCAUCAAUAAAAGGACCACUAAUGGAUACAAACUUCCCUGAUCCUGCCAUAAUCCACGCGGAUGGCGUCUCCUACUCCUUUGCGACCAACAACCGAGGCGCGGGUGCCGAUAUGGUCCAUGUUCAGGUAGCAACUUCCACAGACAACCAAACCUGGACGCUAUUAGACCAUUACGAUGCUCUCCCAAAGGUUGCCACGUGGGAGACCGGCGCUCGGGUCUGGGCGCCGGAUGUUGUGCAACUUGAUGACGGCUCGUUCGUUCUUUACUAUUCCGGGGAGUUGGCAUCCAGCCCAGCAUUUCAUUGCGUGGGCGCAGCUACUUCCAAGGACGUCAUGGGCCCUUACGUGCCACUCGAACGGCCUAUAGCUUGUCCCGACGUUUUUACGCGAGGCGGCGCCAUUGACCCUGAUGGGUACCAUGACCCUUCAACAGGCAAGCGAUAUGUUGUCUACAAGACGGACGGCAACUCUAUCGGCCAUGGAGGUAGCUGCAACAACGAUAUGGCUCCUAUUGUACCAACUCCAAUCAUGCUGCAAGAAGUUGGCCAGGACGGCAUUUCUAUCAUCGGCGAUGCGAUCCAGAUCCUCGACCGGGACGACAUUGACGGGCCCCUCAUUGAGGCGCCUUCACUACAUCGGUCCGAAGAAGGGAUCUACUUCCUCUUUUUCAGUAGCAACUGCUUUACCACACCAAAAUACGACGUAUCUUACGCAACAGCCCCAAGCAUUAAGGGACCUUACACCAAGUCGAGUCGCCCUCUGCUGGUUACGAGCGACGCCAACCUUGUCGGCCCUGGAGGCCUCGAUAUCAUCAAGGGAGGCAACAUGGUUGUGUUUCAUGGACACAUAACGACUGAUAACGACCCCUCGCAUGAUGAAAAAACGACGAACGCACCCUUGGUCAGAGGUAUGUGGUCUGGAAUUGCUACCUUCAACGGAACCAACGUAUGUUUCAACUGA